CCACAAAGAUCAGUACACUGUGCGGACUAACGCCCUAUGCACUAAAUAUACACUUUCGGAUGCGAGUCCGACAACUUAAAGAGUAAUAACAUGACGAACAACAAAAAAUAUAUAAGCCUUCUAAAAGGUUCGCGGUCUAUUGCCGUAUCAAUCUUAAUUUUGUAACUUUCUUCUGUUGUAAUUACUAACAAGGAUACAUAACACUCCACUAUUACAAUAAAAUAAAAAACUGGAUAUCACUUUACUUAAGAUAUGAAGACAAAUAAUUUUGUUAUUUCUACGGUUAUUUUAACACUUUUAGCGAUACCAUAUUCCUUUGUAAACAGCAGUCCCGAUGCUAAACGGUUGUAUGACGAUCUCCUUAGUAAUUAUAACCGACUUAUAAGGCCGGUCGGUAACAAUUCAGAUCGUUUAACUGUCAAAAUGGGCCUUAAAUUAUCUCAAUUAAUUGAAGUCAAUUUAAGGAAUCAAAUAAUGACAACAAACGUAUGGGUUGAACAAGAAUGGAAUGAUUACAAGUUAAAAUGGAAUCCAGAAGAUUACGGCGGAGUAGAUACAUUAUAUGUUCCUUCAGAACAUAUUUGGUUGCCUGAUAUUGUUUUAUACAAUAACGCUGAUGGCAGCUAUGAAGUAACCAUAAUGACCAAGGCGAUACUUCAUUAUACUGGUAAAGUUCAAUGGAAACCACCUGCGAUUUAUAAAUCUUUUUGUGAAAUUGAUGUCGAAUAUUUUCCAUUUGAUGAACAAACUUGCUCAAUGAAGUUUGGAUCGUGGACUUAUGACGGAUAUAUGAUGGAUUUAAGACACAUAUCGCAAGCUCCAGAUUCAGAUGAAAUUGAAAUGGGUAUUGAUCUGCAGGAUUAUUAUUUAUCAGUAGAAUGGGAUAUCAUGGGAGUACCAGCUGUUCGUCAUGAGAAGUAUUAUUCCUGUUGUGAAGAACCUUAUUUAGAUAUCUAUUUCAACAUCACGCUAAGGCGAAAAACAUUAUUUUAUACAGUCAACUUGAUUAUACCUUGCGUUGGUAUUUCAUUUUUAUCUGUACUAGUGUUUUACUUACCAUCUGAAUCAGGAGAGAAGGUAUCGCUAUGUAUAUCUAUUCUACUAUCACUGACUGUGUUCUUUCUCCUAUUAGUUGAAAUUAUACCACCCACAUCACUCACUGUGCCACUUUUGGGUAAAUAUUUACUGUUCACCAUGGUACUGGUCACAUUGUCUGUUUUUGUAACGGUUGCCGUGUUAAAUGUGAAUUUCAGAUCGCCUGUUACACACAAAAUGAAACCGUGGGUUGUAAAGAUGUUUAUAGUAAUACUUCCUAAAGUUCUAUUUAUCAGCCGACCAAAGAAAGAAGACUCAAUUGACGAAGACGACAAUGACAAACCUAAUGGAAUACUGUCUAGUGUUUUUGAUGUACCUUCAGAAAUAGACAAGUACUUAGGUUAUGAUCGAGAUUAUAGUUUCGAUUAUGGAGUUCCACCACCAUUACCAGUUUCUAGAUAUAGCAGCGGUGUAGCAAAUGAUACAACUGGAUCGAACGACACUGUUGUUAACAUGGCUUCUGACGAUGAAGACGAAGAAGACGGUGGAGUUGAAGAAGAAGACGAUGAUGCUAUUGAAAUCGACGCUGAUGAAGAAUAUGAUGAUAUGUUUAGCCCCACAACUACAACAGAAGAUAGACUAACCAGUCUAACGUUCGAGUCUCAUCAUCAUCAUCAUCAUCCUCGAUGUCCGGUUGAUCAUCGUUCCAGACAAGAUUCAGCCAUGCAGACAAUCCAGGAUGCUAAAUUUAUUGCUCAACAUGUUAGAAAUCAAGACAAAUUCGAUGAGAUUAUCGAAGACUGGCAGUACGUGGCAAUGGUACUCGAUCGACUUUUCUUGUGGAUUUUCACAUUGGCGUGUCUACUUGGUACCGCACUAAUUGUCUUCCAAGCACCAAUGUUAUAUGAUAAAACUAAACCAAUUGACGUGAUUUACUCAAAGAUCGCAAAAAGAAAAUUACAAAAUAUUUUAUGAAACAACAUAACAUUACAAAGCUCAACUACUUAUUUUAGUAGCAAACUUAGUGAAUACAAAAAUAUAAUCGAAAACAAUCCUAUAAUGUAUAAAGUAUAUUAUGUAUUAUUGUUAUUGAAACUUUUGUUAUACAUAUUUUUUUCUUCUAUUUUCUUUUUUUUUAUAUAACUAGUUUUGUCAGAGACAAUGUGUAAAACAUCGACCACUAGUCCAAUAACUCAAUUUAUUAAUAGUUAAAUUAUUAUUUUUUUUUUUAUUUUACAUGUUAUAAAUAAUUAUUUAAAAUAUUUACUAUACAGUCAUGAUGUUAUAGUUUUAUGCUUGUUGCGUUUCAUACCUAAUUUAAUAACAUUUUCUGUUAAUAACUAACUAAAAAUCCUAACUAAUAAAAAAAAAAUUGUUGUUGCUAUAAUUAUGACUUUCAUAUUUUGCUUG